UUAUUUGUCACUAGAACUAAAGCAGUUACAAUGAAUCAAACAUUACUUGUCCUGACUCUGGUGUUGCUGGUGGUGGCCAGCGCGAGGAUGCUGCCGGAGCCGUGGUCGGCGGAGGUGGGAGCUGUGAGGAAUUUGAAGGGAGGGGAGCUGCCGCGACGACGAAGGAGCAACUUCCACUUCCGCGGCUACUGGUCCUGCCCCAUCGGCUAUAUACGCAGCCCAGCCGCUUUUUGCGUCGAGUGCGGAGAAUACGAGAUGAUCACUGGCAUGCCUUGCGACAGCAUCUUAUGAGGAGUUGGAAGAAUUUAAACGAGGUGUUAUCGAAGCUGCAAUAUUUAACUAAAAGAACCUCCAACAAGAAAGCUUACUUCUGUGUGCUGUUUCUUAGUGCUCUGACCAAAUGUUAAAUAUCCACACUACGAGUACGCUGAAACAAACCAAUCAAAUACAAUAAAUAUUUGUAAUAACA